GUUACAAAACACAAAUAUCUGCGCCCUCGUGUAACCGGUAGUUUAAAGAGAAAUGCGGUAUCCGUCGACGUGUUUCUCCUGACCGACUCCUACAGUCUGUGGUUCCUGUCGGUUAGCUUCAAGCUACUUCUCGCAAAGUUGUAGUCGCUGUAUGUUGUGCUGCAUUUGGAGGCGCUCAUCUUAUUCCUCUGCACCAAGGACAUUGUCGAGGCCCACCUCAGCAUUCUCCUGCCUGACUAAAUCAUUCACCACUCAAAACAUCAUGUCUGACAAAAAACGCAAGCCAACUUCUGCUGCUGCUGCUGCUAAAGGGUCCAGUGCCAAGCUGCAAAAGUUGACCCCCAUGAAGGAGAAAGCUGGUGGCUGGCUGCAGGACCUCAUGAAGCAGCAGAGGACAGAGAAGAAGGACGUGAAAUUCAACAAAAAGCGCCUCCGUGUUAUAUCUGACACAGAAAAGAUAAAGCAGGGCUCAGAGGGUGUCUUGUACUGGAUGUCAAGAGAUCACAGAGUACAAGAUAAUUGGGCACUGAUCCAUGCUCAGCAGCUCGCUGUGGAGGAGAACCUUCCUCUGCACGUCUGUGUCUGCCUGCUUGUCCCAAAGUCAGAGCUGUCCACACUGAGACAUUACAGCUUCAUGCUGAAAGGUCUGGAAGAAGUUGCAAAGGAAUGUAAAGCCUUAGACAUCCAGUUCCAUCUGCUGCAUGGUGCAGCAGGAGACGUCCUCCCUGGUUUUGUGUCAGACCGCAGCCUGGGGGCCGUGGUGACGGACUUCUCCCCCCUCAGAGAGCGACUGCAGUGGUUGGAGGACGUUAAAAAGAAGCUUCCAAAGGACAUUCCCAUCCUACAGGUUGAUGCCCACAAUGUUGUUCCCUGCUGGGAAGCUUCACCUAAACUUGAGUACGCUGCCAGGACCAUCAGAGGAAAAAUCACCAAACUUUUGCCAGAGUUCCUGACUGAUUUUCCUCUUGUAGAGAAACACCCUUACACAGCAACAAGAACUGCCAAACCAGUAGACUGGGAAAAAAAUCAAGCCUCCCUGGACGUUGACAGAACAGUCAGAGAGCCAGAGUGGGCUAAACCGGGCACCAAGGCAGGAGUGGUAAUGUUGGAGUCCUUCAUCGAUGUACGCCUUAAACUGUUUGAAACCCAACGCAACGAUCCAAACGCCGCAGCACUCAGCCAGCUCUCCCCCUGGAUCCGCUUUGGCCACUUGUCAGCCCAGCGGGUGGCGCUGCAAGUUCAGCGCAGUGGGAAGAAUGCUGGUCAGUCCGUCUCCUCCUUCAUAGAGGAGCUGGUGGUGCGCAGGGAGCUGACUGACAACUUCUGCUUCUACAACAAGAAAUAUGACAGCGUAGAGGGUGCGUACGAGUGGGCUCAGAAGACUUUGAAAGAUCACGCUAAAGACGAGAGGCCCUAUAUCUACACACGUGAACAGCUGGAGAAAGCAAAAACACACGACAAACUGUGGAACGCUGCUCAGUACCAGAUGCUCACAGAGGGGAAGAUGCACGGUUUCAUAAGGAUGUACUGGGCCAAAAAGAUCCUGGAGUGGACUUCAUCACCUGAGGAGGCGCUCUCAAUCGCUCUGUACCUAAACGAUCGCUAUUCGCUGGAUGGCCAGGACCCUAAUGGCUUUGUCGGUUGUAUGUGGUCUAUUUGCGGUAUCCAUGACCAGGGCUGGGCGGAGAGACCUGUUUUUGGAAAGAUCCGCUACAUGAACUACAAAGGCUGCCUUCGGAAGUUUGACGUGGCCCAGUUUGAGCAAAAGUACUGUCCUAAAAACAUUUAAAAAUCUUUUUGAAGGAUGGGGAUAAAAUCCAUGACACCUAUCUCAGGGAGCGUUUGUGAAGCAACACAAGCUGUGGAUUUUCUUCUUUUCUUAGUUCUCCACUGCUCGUUUUGUCCACAACAUUUAUUAUAUUAUUGUUCAGGAUGUUUUUCUUGUUUUUAGUUUCCUGUUGCUUAACUAAAAAAAUAGUGAACUGUAGUGCCUAUUUAGCAAGCAGAAGGAUUAUUAUUUUUUUUUUUUACUUUUCUAUGACUGUACAUUUUACACAAACGAUGUCUUGUGGUUUAGUUUUUUAGCAGCCCAUUUCACAACACAUGCUGUUCUAUAAGAGAAACUUUUUGUUUUUAUACCAAACUAAACAAAUAAACAAUUUUCUGUUCACUUAUAUUCAGAGUUGAAACUUGAAAUAAAGCAUAUGUUGCCUUUGACA